GUUCCAUUAACCGCCUGGGCCGUACGUUUAAUUAAUAAAUCUAAUGACAAAGUGAAAAUCGCGAAAAUGAAGUGUCUUUACCUGCUGUUGGCAUCAGCUGCCUUAGUACACAGUUACGCCAUCCAGGACAAUGAAAUCGAGACCUCGCGGUUGGUUACAAGUGAUGAUCUUCUUAGAAGUGUGAUUAGUGAUUGUUUCGAAGCCAAAUCCCCGAUAUCGUGUCUUAAAGUGAAAGUCCUCUCAUUCUUAGACACCAAACUUGGUGUUGCAUCCGAAUCAGCAAGGGCUUUGGAUGAGCAAAAUAUCGAUAAAGUGAUCUUUGACCGCGUUGGAAGGAUCUUAAACGAAAACGAAGUUAGGUUCCAAUUGCCCGAGUUCAUCUUCCAAAACGCUGAGGUCUCGUACCGUGCUGACAGAGGAUUCGACGUCGAUUUCCCAGAUACUAACGAGGAAAAUGGUGAAGCCCGUGGCAUCCUCAAAAAGAAACUUCUGUUGCCUGUACUUCUGCUUCUUAAACUGAAGAUGAAAGCACUAAUGCCAAUACUGGUUUCUAUAAUUGGUAUUAAGGCUAUCAAGGCCCUUAUCCUCAGCAAGUUGGCUAUCACUCUUGUCGUUGGAUUUUUAGCGUACAAUUUGCUAAUGAAGAAAGGAGCAAUGCCAAUGAUGAUGACUCCCACCGAACCGACACCAGCAUCUCAGUACGGCCCACCUGCAUCUCAGUAUGGUACUCCUUCAACGCAAUCUGCUCCGCAAGACUCCUACAGUCCACAAUGGGAGCCCGCUAGCUCAGGUCCCUACGCAAGAGUAUGGGACCCCACCCAGCUCGCUUACAGCUCGUACUAUCCUGGUGAUUCGAGCGCCUCAUCGUCCUCAAACCAGUCGCCGAGCUACUCAAGCGUAGCAUCAAUUUCGUCAUCGUCUUCAUCAGCGUCAUCACCCACCUACUAAGCCCAAUUACCUCACAUUGUAAAUAUGUUAAGCCUUCACGAACGAAACGGAUAGUGUUUAGAUAGUUUAUUUAUUGACAAUAUUUAUUUCAUUAUUUAUAAACACAAUAAAUGAACUGUUGUUUUUAA